AUGGAUCCUUCUAAUCCUUCCCACAUUGCAAAAAUGUUCAUGGAUUUUAUGAAUGAUGAUACAGAUGAGGAACUUGUGAGGCUGUUUAUGGAAGAAGAAGCCUCAAGCUCUAAAAGGCCUAGAAGUCAAAGAAGGAAUAUAGAGAGGAAUCGUGAAGAGGGACAUGAUCGAUUGUUCAAUGAUUAUUUUUCAGAAACUCCGGUAUACACAAAUGAGCAGUUUCGUCGAAGGUACCGAAUGCAUAAACAUGUGUUCCUUCGUAUUGUUGAAGCUCUGGGACAACAUGAUGAGUAUUUUCGAAUGAUGGUUGAUGCAACUGGUAGGUCAAGUCUUUCGCCAUUACAGAAAUGCACUGCUGUUAUUCGUAUGUUGGCUUAUGGAACAUCUGCUGAUAGUGUAGAUGACUAUUUGAGAAUUGGUGAAACUACGACACUAAAAUGUGUUGAUAAGUUUACAAGAGGAGUGAUCAGCAUCUUUGGGGCACAAUAUUUGCGAAGGCCCAAUGCUGAAGACAUUGAACGCCUAAUGCGAAUGGGAGAAGCACGAGGAUUUCCAGGCAUGUUAGGGAAGUGUAAAAUAAUAUAA